AUGUCUGAGUUUGAAAAUAGCCUGCUUCACUUUGAAUACGUUAUGAUACAGUCUCACCCAGAGAAUCAAGAGCAUACUGUAGGAGGUGUACAUCAACAUUCUAGAGAAGAGGAAUCCCGCCAACAAUCCUCUCUUACUUUGCUUGCAAGCAGUGAAAAUAUGUACAUAUAUUGGUUCUUAAAGUUGACUAGAUUACCAUCUAAUGAGAAUCUUCAGGUUACACUUAAUAAUGACUCUUUACCAUUUAUAAUUGGAAGAGGUAUAAUGGGUAUUACAGAUGAAGAUACCAGAGUAAGCAAAAAUCAAUGUGAAAUAAAGAUAUCCAAUAAUCAAUGCAAACUCUUUCAUAGAGGUUUAAAUCCUACGUUUCUCCAAUCGUUACAAAGAUUUAACGAAAUACAAUCGAAACAACAGAAUGUAUCACUUAAGGAACUACUGGGUAAUCAACUCGAGAAAUCCGUUGGCUAUCCAAUUUCAGAGGAUAUAGUGUCAUUUCUUGUACCAAAUCAAGAUCCAAUCCAAAUUCAGCUAAAUGUUACUACUGAUCGACCAGCACAACCUUCUGUAGAUAGUGAAAACGAUACGUCUGGUGUUAAUUCGUCAUCAUCGAUAACUACAACAAGUACUACAUCUACAACGACUUCAACAACAACUACAACAUCAAAAAGACUAAACAAUGAGAAUGAAAUUGAAAAUAUUGAAGAAAAGGAUAUAGAGAGUGGUAGUAGCAGUCAUUCAGUAAAAAAAGUAAAAUCUGAUGAAACCUAUAUAAAAUCUAGUAUACCCAAAGAUAGCGAUAACCUUAAAGGGAAAUUAUCAACUCCCACACCAACUUCAAAUUCAGCUAAACCUAAACCUAUAACUUCAAUUGGUAACAGAUGGAGUGAUGCAUUACUUCCAUAUUGCAAAUCACCGGAGGAUCAUAAAGACUCGGUUGUUUACUACGAUGACCAAAUAGUGAUCAUAAGAGACUACUACCCAAAGGCAAAACAUCAUUAUUUGGUUAUGCCAAGAAGAAUUAUACCAUCAAUCAAUGAUUUAAAGAUAACAGAUAUAGAGCUUUUGGAAUAUAUGAAUGAGAAAUCGAUUUCCUAUAUCCACCAGACGUUGAAAUGUGAUUUGUCAAUGUUUAUGUUGGGAUUUCAUGCGAUUCCAUCCAUGAAACAACUUCAUAUGCAUAUUAUCUCCAAAGAUUUUGAUUCUCCUUCACUCAAGAAAAAAGAACACUGGGUUUCAUUUACCACAGAUUUCUUUAUUCCAUAUCCAUCUCUAUAUAAUAAUCUUAAAUUCAAUCAAAAGAUAAUUAUUGAUAAAGAAAAAUAUUUAGCAUUAAAAUCAGAUCCAAUCAAAUGUCCUAAAUGUUCAAACGUUUUCAAAACACUUCCAAGUGUAAAAGAACAUUAUAAAUCAUGUUAA